AUGGAUCCAGUAACAGAGGAAACACCAAAGCCGAGGACUAGAGUUGCUUACAUCCGCACUCUUCCAGACAAGAGAGCUGGCACAGAGAUUACAGAGUGUCAACUCGCUAAUCUGAGAACAUGGCUGUGGUUCUGGGUCGGUCAAAAAGUCCCUUACGACCCUUGCGGCGCUGGUCGUAAAAAUCGCACAUCAUCUCCCCCGGGUCUUCGUCACCAUUACAUUAUUGGCUAUACUACCGCUACGGAUGCUGUCAUAUUGGACUGGCUAUUGGAAGCUUCACCACCUGGAAGUGAUAAGCUAUCCAGGUCAGACUUUGAGGUUUAUCUUUCUGAAGGGCAGAUGAAAGAUGUGAGGAAUAAGGAUCUUCUUCAACGGCUGGAAGCGGAGAAUGUGAUUAUCACAAAAGUUACAGCGCCAUCGGAAGAAUAUGCAUCGGAUGAUAUCUGCGAUUCAGUCAUGCUCUCAAAAAGCGACUAUGUUCUCGACACAAAUCUUAAGUACGGCCCUAGCGAUUGGAUUUCCACAGAUGCACUCUAUCGCGACUCCCUGCGCUACGGACACCCACAGUAUUACAAAACCGAAGAGCGGAACAACUUCUACUUCGCGAAUAGACUAAAGAGCAAGAUGGGACACACACAACGAUCAUGUUCCUACGCACACGGUAAAUCUGACGCAUGGUUACGUGAUCAUUACGUUGAAUGGCAAGCUUAUGCAUGUCCAAGCUGUGGCCAAAGAUGUAAGAGAAACAAAGGUUGUAGGAAUACGGGUGAGGAUUGGGCGAAGAACCAGCGGAGGGAAGAGUGGAUGGAAGGUGUAAAUCUGGAUGCCCCAAGACCGCCUGAGUUUGAGAGGGAUUGGAGGAUGUUGAGUGUAGAGAAUGUUGUCAAUUGUUACAGCAAGGACAGAUUGGCUUGGGAGAGAUUUCGGAAGUGGAAGUGGAGAUCUGUUGAUACGUUCUCUGGGGAUUGGAAGAAAGAGUAG